AUGUCAGCCCUGGUCUUCUGCUUUUCUUUCUUUCUUCUACCGCUGCACUCCGCCUAUGGAGACGUGAGCUAUUCUUUUCCGGAGGAGAUGAAACGAGGAUCUGUUAUUGGAAAUAUAGCCAAUGAUCUCGGGCUGGAGGCGAGCAGGCUGUCCGCUCGUAGGGCCCGUGUUGAUACUGAAGGAAACCGAAAACGUUAUUGUGACAUUAAUCUGAGUACCGGGGAGUUGAUUGUUGCGGAGAGGGUUGACAGAGAGGGGCUUUGUGGAGAAAAGGUUUUAUGCAUACUAACAUUCGAGUUGGUCCUAGAGAGUCCACUUGAGUUGCAUCAUAUAUCACUUCAAAUCCAAGAUAUCAACGAUAAUUCACCCAUAUUUCCCAAGGAUUUAAUUAGGGUGGAAAUCAGAGAAUCCGCUGUGAAAGGAGCUCGCUAUCGUGUAAACGCAGCUCACGACGCAGAUACUAGACAAAACGCAGUGCAAAGCUACGUACUACAAAGGAAUAAUCAUUUUGUUUUGGGUUUGCAAACGAAUAAUGCUGGUAUUAAAUACGGUGAGUUAGUUCUGGACAAAGUAUUAGACCGCGAGGAGCAGCAGGAGUUGAAGCUGUUGAUGACAGCUGUAGAUGGGGGCUCUCCGCAGAGAUCAGGUACUGUAGUCAUACACGUCACUGUACUGGAUGCUAACGAUAACGCCCCAGUGUUUAGACAGGCCGUCUAUAAAGCCAGUCUGCCUGAAAACUCUCCUUUAGAUACUGUAGUGGUUACAGUGAGUGCUACAGAUGCAGAUGAGGGAUUGAAUGGAGAAGUGACGUAUGAAUUUAGUCGAGUAUCUGAAACAGCAAGGAAUGUAUUUACUAUGGACCAGAACACAGGAGAAAUUAGAGUGACAGGAGAAAUAGAUUAUGAAGAAGAGACACAAUUUGAACUUUUUAGUGAAGGGAAAGAUGGCUUUGGUCUUUCUUCGGACAGUAAAGUUAUUAUAGACAUUACAGACAUAAAUGACAAUGCCCCUGAGCUAUAUCUAAAAUCUCUGAUUCACUCCAUACCUGAGAACGUGUCACCUGGUACAGAGGUGGGCAUCAUUAACGUGCAGGAUAGAGACUCUGAGAAUAACCGACAGGUCCGCUGCUCCAUUCAGCAAAACGUUCCCUUUAAGCUGGUGCCAUCCAUCAAAAACUACUAUUCUCUGGUGACCACGGGCGAACUGGACCGUGAACUAGUGUCUGAUUACAACAUUACAAUCACUGCCACCGACGAGGGCUCUCCACCUCUAUCCUCCUCUAAAAGUGUUCAGUUAUCUGUAGCUGACGUCAACGACAACCCACCUGUGUUUGAGGAACAGUCCUAUAAAGCCCACGUGACUGAAAAUAACAAACCCGGUAACUCUGUGUGUUCUGUUACUGCACGGGACCCAGACUGGAGACAGAACGGAACAGUGAUUUAUUCUCUCUUACCUGAUGAAGUGAACGGUGUCCCAGUGUCCUCGCUUUUAUCCGUUAACGGAGACACGGGGGUGAUCCACGCUGUGAGGUCGUUUGAUUAUGAGCAGUUCAGGAGUUUUAAAGUCCACGUGAUGGCCAGAGACAACGGUUCUCCUCCGCUCAGCAGCAACGUCACGGUCAGUGUGUUCAUGAUGGAUGUGAAUGACAACUCUCCUCAGAUACUAUACCCCGCCCCAGAGGGGAACUCCUUCAUGACCGAGCUGGUCCCCAAAGCUGCACACCGGGGCUCUCUGGUUUCAAAGGUGAUAGCGGUGGACGCGGACUCCGGGCAGAACGCCUGGCUGUCCUAUCAUAUAGUAAAAUCCACUGAUUUGGGACUUUUCACUAUUGGUCUCCACAGCGGAGAGAUCAAGACAAAGCGGGACAUUUCUGAAUCUGACAGCAUGAAACAGAACCUCAUUGUGUCAGUGAAAGAUAACGGACAGCCCUCUCUCUCUGCCACCUGUAGUAUGUAUUUAGUGAUUUCUGAUAACUUGGCUGAGGUGCCAGAACUGAAACAUAUCUCGUAUGAUGAGAACAAUUCCAAACUCACCUCUUAUCUGAUUAUCGCGCUGGUGUCCGUGUCCACAUUUUUCCUCACCUUCAUUAUUGUCAUCCUGGCCGUGAGGUUUUGCCGCAGGAGAAAGCCAAGACUGUUGUUUGACGGAGCGGUCGCCAUUCCCAGCGCGUAUCUCCCUCCCAACUACACAGAGGGGGGUGGAGUGGGAACUCUCCACAGCACCUACAAUUAUGACGCAUACCUGACGACAGGUUCGCGCACAAGUGACUUCAAGUUCGUCAGAUCUUACAAUGACAACACGCUGUCUUUGGACCAGACACUGAGAAAAACUACAACUGAAUUUGCUGAAGACUUUCGCGAUUCGGAGGGAUCCCCAGAGGUAGGCCUUUAUUUUAACAGACGUGCGUUAUAACUCUAUAGGCUCCGUGGCAGAUGUUUUACAACUGCAGGUCGUUUUUUUUACAAAGUAAUUUUGUUCA